UUUCAGUGACGAUAUUCUAUUUUACAGCCAUGGCACUAGUACUUGGCAUGACAUAUAUGUGGGUGGAGCUGUUUAUAAAACAGUACACGCAACGUUUAGACUGGGAUCAAAACUUAUGUCCAGUGUUAAAAGGCAUAACAGUGUCCUUAAUUUUGCAAUAUACCUUAUUUUGUUUACUGUCCUUAAGAUACGCAGGUGAUGGUGCGCGAUAUUUGAGCAGCAGUUUCGCGAGCACGCCAAUAUGGUCGGUCUGCACUCACUUCGUCAAUAGCUCUCACUGCAUGGGCUCUAGAAACAUCCUGCAAUAUUGUGAAAAGCCACGCCCCAGAGAACUCCUUACAUUAAACGUGACAUCUGUACACAUAUAUUACACGGAAUACAUGAAAAGUAACAUCAGAGGUGCAUGGACGUGGAGAUUUUUUGUCGUUGCUGUAAUGUGGGUACUUAAUUUUUGCCUCACGACAGUACCUGACAGCGUGAUAUUGAAGUUUUACAAAUAUUUAGUUGUGCUGAAACACGUAUGCAGUAUUUUAACCUAUGCGUAUCUAGCAAUUUCUACCGGACGAGCAGAGGAAGCUUUUUUUAAAUUGAUGGAUAUCAAUAUGAAUGCAAACAAUUCAAUUGGUGCAACAGUAUCCGUGGUCGCACUGGUUUAUGGUGUAGGCAUGAUCGGCGUCCAUGAUUUUGGUAGUACAUCGCCUUUUACAAUGACUGACAACGCUGUUAUUAUAUUUACAGUAUUGUAUAUUCUUCUUUCGUCACUAAGAUCUAUGUCUGUAAAUAUACUUUUAAUUCAAUUAAGCGACUGCGUAAAUAUUCACAGUGACGAAGUUGGAAAUUGGCAUUACAUAUUUUUUGUUUUAUUGCCGUUAGCGACGGAGUUCUUAUUUGGCCAGAAAGUAAUCAAUAUAUCCAUAUACUUGCACGUGCUUCUGUCGUUACUUCCUUGUCUAGUGUUGUACUCGUUAACGGUAACCAGAUUACUACAUAGUGAAUUUCCUUCAACAAAGUUUAUUUACAUACAGGGACUAAUUUGCCUUUUUGGGUUUCUCUUGUCUGUUCCAAUUUUAUUGGUUGAUCAGUAUGUUGAUGAAAUACGAACCGGAUUAAUUUAUGGAUUGAACAUAACCAUAUUGUAUUUGGGAGGUUUAAAAAUGGCUAUUAUCAUGUGGAUAUAUGGAGUUCGAAAAUUCUCAACAGAUAUUAACUUUUGGCUCGGAUUUAGUCCGACAAAGUUCUGGACUGUAUGUUGGUCUGUUCUUCCAGCGAUUUUAUGGAUAGCGUUUGGUAACGCAAUGUACGAUGUAGCACAGUGGGAGGAAUCUGAGGUCGAAAAAAGAUGUGCUUUGAUGUGGUGCCUGGUAUCAGCUGUGAUCACGUUUGGGUUUCAGAUCAGGAUAAUUGUGCGUUACGCCAUGAAAAAUAAUUUAAUGGGUGCCUUUCGAAAUAAUAAGAAGUACGGGCCGUUUGAUAAGCGUGAUCGUAAACGUCGGCGGCGGUAUGACGUGUCUAUAGACGAAAGACAAUGUUUCCACGACUGUAUUUCCAUAGAUGAAGAAAUUGAUUGUAAUCAUUUGCCGCUUAUGAAUACGGGAGAAGGACCUUCAAGCAUCGACUCGCAAAGCACACUUACGCAAAUGUAUGAGUCCGCAACAUCAAGAACAGAAAGUGUUAUUACUCUUAUGGAAACGAAACCUGACACAAAGGAAAAGCAGGCUUAAUCAUAACUAGAACAUAUCAUGCUGUAACCAAUCUGUUGCUGUUAUUUGAAUUCGACCUCAGACAUUAAUUGCAGAUUAAUUGAACCCACCCAGGUCGCGAAGAAUAAGCAUGUUUUAUAGUCCGUUUUUUAGUGUUCGAUACAAAACUUUGUUCACGGAACACUGGGAUCACUUCGGUUAUAAUCUGUGCUUCGGUCUUGCAAAUCAGUUAAAUGCGUUUUUCUCAAUGACCGUUUGACGUAGAUACCUAACAUUUGGAAAAGUUAUAGCAAUUACCACCACUAAUAUUGUAAAUAUGCCAGAGCCGCUUAUUUAGCAUUAGAAAGAAGGUAAGCGAUCUUGUUGUGUAUUUUUAUUACAAAUAUUUUUUGAAAAAUAAGUCACAGCAAAUAUGUUACUACAAUUAUAAAUCAUAUACGAUCUUGUACAUUCUUUUGCUUUCUUACGUAAUAUAAAAUAAUUAUUAAAAAGCGUUUUUCAAAUGUUUCAAUAAAAAUACACGUCAAGAUUGUUUACCUUUUUUCUAAUGCUAAAAUAACGAACUUAAUAAGAACUAAAGAUUUGCAGUCUUAUACUUAAUGAUAUUAACAAAAGUCAGAUAUGUUCCUGUAAACCAUUUGAAUAAUGUGUAAUACGACAAACCCAUGGCACGUCUGGCUAACUAAGCGUAUAUCUCCUACAUAAUGUUUCGCUUAUCACAACUAGAAAUUUAUUGCAAAACAAAUUCAUCCCUUAAGGGUCCCCGGCAAGCUCGGUUCUCCAUACAAACGUAGUUCCGCUCUCAUUUUAAAACGACUAGCUAGAUUGCUCUGAAACUUUGUACUUAAAUAGGAUACGGCAUAUAUCUAUGUCUGUAAUUAGUUUAUGUAGCUUCAGAUACCAUAGUUACAAAAAUACAGCGAAUUUAAGUUUUUCAUACCAAAUUUAUUUUAUACUGAUUUAAACUGACACGAUUUUCACUCAUAAUUUAAAACUAAUACGGGACUUAAUCACGUACAAACUUACGUUUAUUUAUGACCUGACGUUUCGAACGUGACGUUACGUUCGUGGUUACAGGCAGACUGGCGAGGAAUUGUAUCAACAUCUUCUUGCCGCGCGGGUUUUGCGAACUACCCGCACUUGAUCUUGAUUAUUAACUUGUACGGUAGGGUUGUCACUUUGCCUACACACAACACUCACGACAUCCAAUGGUAUGUGGCGGGAUGUUUUUCCCCCUUACAUUUGCUAAUUACUGGAUUCCACAAAGACAAAAUCCCCUGUCCCUCAUUUUGACUGAAAUUUCGAUGUUUUCUGAUUUCAAUUGCUUCACGUACCUUCCUGCUGUAGAAAAGACGUUCCGUUGAGAGGACUUUGGGAUUAUGGAGCCCAAUUCAGUGGUAAAUUUAUUUUUGCCUAUUUAGUUUGUUUUACAAACUGGAGCAAUAUAAACUAAUUACAGACCUAGAUACACCUCAUGUCAUGUCAUGGGAGUGGGAGACAUGUCUCGUCAAGCCUGGUUAUUAAGGGUUAAAAGCAAAUAAAUGUAAACAUUAGGCAAUAUACAACUAAUAUGUACUAUACUAGAUACACAACAAACACAGAUAAUGCCAAACGUAUGGCUUAUAUAUGUCUGGUAGCCGCUCUUUAACAUAUUAUUGCACGUAUUAAUAUCUAUUUCUUCUUCAAAGGCCCAAAAUGAACUACUUAUCCUAACAUGGUGGAGUAGCUGAUAACAGCCAGUACAAGUUAAUUAAACACUAGAACUUGGUUAGUGAUAUAAGCAUCGUCUCAACUAGAGUAUUUAUUGUAUGCUGGGUACUAUGAACGCACCCUAAAACUGUAAUUUAGUGUCACACAAUGGUUGCCUGUAUGUGUGUUGUAAGCAUGAUGUUUUGUAAUAAUAUAUAUUUAU